AUGGCCGCCGAAGAUACCGGACCAGCAGACUACGCCUUGCUUCAAUCCUUGUUUGUCAGCCCAGAUAUUCACUAUCCCGGGAACCUAAAAUGCAUUGCCAGAGUGUUGCUGCAGCCAACAUGUAUCUCGUGCACCUUUGACCUAGCCGACCCUGCAGGCUCACACUCGCUCGUUAUUCCGGACCCAAUGUUUCCUUCCGAUCAUGACAUUCAAGCAACCGCCGCAGAAGAAAUCAUCGAGAGCGUCGUAGGAACCUAUCAUCAGGGAGAGGUCUUGAAGCUGGCGCUAGAAUCGAGUUUUACCAAUAUCCGGUUCCUGCAAGUAGCUCCCAAGAUCGACCUCCCAUCGCUGAGGAGCGAUCCAAGGCAGGACCUGAAAACAUUGGCCCGUAUCGUGGGGGAAGCAAAGCUCCACGGCUUCUUUUGUAGGCCGAGCACUUUGCCUCUAGAGCCCGUCGACGAUAGGAAAGAUGAAGGACUUGUGAUGCCUUCUUCCGCCGUGCACUUCCACGGUCAACUUACCCAGGGUGUCGAGCCCGACGACCUUGACUUUUCCGAGGAAGAUUUGUUGUACGUUGCCGAGCCAUUGUACGAUGAGUCGGCCGAUGACGAUCUCAAAGAUCUGAUUAAUCAGGAAAUCGACUCCACUAUGGCAAGUACCCCCUCAUGGUAG